CCGGAGGAUAUAAAAUUAUUCUUUUUCUUCCUAAGCAAACACCACCAAAUUAAACCCCCAUUUCUCAGUGAAAGAAUAAGAAGCACACCAACCCUGAACCAUUCUCAAGUCUCAACAACCACAACAACAACAUGAAGAAGCUCUACAACAAGAAAGGCAAGGUCCAUCCAUCGCCACCUCCUUCGACACCCGACGCUUUCGCCCUGCUUCCGGCAACCAUUUUGACUCUGACCACCGCGCUCUCCUUCCAGGACCGAGAGGUCCUCGCUUAUCUCAUCUCCUACACCAACAAUAACAACAUCAACAGCAGCAGCAGCAACAAUUCGACAAAUAUCUACACCAUCACGGCCAAAGAUGCCCAUACAGCUGGAAACGACCACACUGAUGCUCCGAUGUCCCAGUGCGACUGUUUUAGGUGCUACACGAGCUUCUGGGCACGAUGGGAUGCAUCCCCCAACCGGCAGCUCAUACAUGAAAUCAUCGAGGCCUACGAGGAAAAGUUAGCUGAGAAUAAGAAGAGGAGAAAUCCCAAGGUGAAGAAAGUGAAGAAGAAGAAAAUUGAGGAGGAAAAGAAGGGUAGUUUUGAUAACCUAACAGCCAUGAAAGAGCAGUCGAGUACCAAUCCAGAAGUGGAUGUGGAAAGCUGCGAUGCUGAUGAAGAGGGCUGUGAGGUUGAGAUAGAGAAAGGGUCUUCCAUGAGGAGCAGGCUGGUGAGCUUUAUUUGGGGUGUUUGGAACUAAGGUUUAGGAAUUUAAUCGUCUUCAAAAACACAUAAAAAAGAUGGAUGGAGAAACUAUCUAUUCAAGGAUUACUGAGGUUAUAAAGUUUAUUAACAAAUACAUUUGCUUUCAAGAGGGUUCUUGGACUCGAUGCGUUGGAAGAUUGACAUGGCCAAGAAUAUCAGAUUUGAUUAUU